UACUUCAGGAAGCUGGGGGUUUCCUGCUCUUAGUUUGAAGUAAGGAGCAGAAGUUGGGAGUGUGUCUGUGUGUUUGGGUGGGAGGGGUCCGGGCAGGAGAACAAGGAGAGACAAGGUAUGAGACGCGAGGUGCUGAGAUAAGGACACGCGACACAAACAUCAACAACAGAGGAGCUUUUUUUCAGCGGAUGGUUCCGCAGAGACCCUCAGCUCCUGUUCCCGCCCCUCUCAGCCACCAGGUGCGCUCAGUCCCCGCCCCCUCAGUUUUUCUUCUAUUCUAAUCAGGAUGGAGGGAAGCGGCGCCACAGGAAAUCCCAGCAGCGCCCCGUAUUACUCACUUCCUGCCCUUGCCGACUCUGAUCCGCUGCUUUCAGACAUACAGAACCAGCAGGAAGACCUGCAGACUAGAGCGCCUAAAUGUUUGUCCAGGUCUCAGGGUCCAGCAGGAACACCAGAACACCCUGCAGAGCAACUGAAAACAGGAUGUUCUAUGGAAGACGACCCAGAUCCAAGUCAGAGCAGUCCAAAUGACCCAAAACCAAGUUUUGGUCAGCAGGAACAGACAAAAGACCCUCCUUCUAAAAAAGAUUCAACCAGAGCUGGAGAUCAUUGUUUGGGACAGAAGGAACCAGGAUGUUCUGCAGGACCAGAACCUUGUAGUUCCACAGAUCAGGAAACUGAAGAAAAACCUCCUCCAGGACCCUCUGAAGUUCUAACUGCAGGAUCUACUUCCUCUGUGGAUCUGUCAGACGGAAAAGAAGAGGUCUGUGUCUCAGAGUCUUUAAACCAGCAGAACCACCAGAAUCUGGAACAAAUUUCUCCACCUACACCAGAGGAAAAUCAGAACCUGGAGAACGUUGAACAACAUCUGGACCAUCAGCAGCCCCCUCCCCCUGUUGAACAGCAGAGCCACCUGUCUCCUCCCUCCCUCUCUGUGAAUCUGGCUCCUCCCCUCACCAUCGAACUGUUCUGUGACCAGGUGGGACCCUCCCCUCUUCAUUCUUCUCCCGGUGAGUCCAAACUGUGUGGCUACCUUCAGAAGCAAGCGGGCCCCCUGAGGGCCUGGAAGCUACGUUGGUUUACCUACGAGGAGGAGAAGAACCAGCUGUUCUAUUACCGCACGCCCCAAGAUGUGAUGCCACUGGGCCGGGUGGAGCUCAGCGCAGCCACCUUCACCUACCCUCUCAAGGCAGAGAGUGGCACCUUCCACAUCAAGACGCCCGAUCGCACUUUCAUCCUUAAGGCGGUGAGUCAGGAGCUGAUGCUCUACUGGCUGCAGCAGCUGCAGGUGAAGCGGUGGCAGCACCGACCGGUCUCUGUCUGUUCAGAGCAGACCAACAACAAUAACAACAUGACAGAUGACUUCCUGCCUAUCUCCAAGAGUCCCGUUGGCCUGGCCAUCGCUCCGACUCAACCCACGGCGCUCGCCAGAAUGUCCAUUAAACACCCGCUCAUCCAGAUCCAGAACUCAGUCCACAGUCUGAGGAAGAGAACCUCUCAGGACUCCAGUCAGAGUGUGUUCUACACAGACGUUCUUCCAUGGAUCAGUACCACCGUGCCAGCAGAUGGCAGCAAAGUCACUUCAGAAUGUCCUCCUGAGGCCCCGCCGCCUUCGGACCCCAUGGGUGAUCCAGCAGGUCAGAGGUCAGCUCCUGAAGGCAGGGAGUCUUCAUCACCAUUGGGCGACAGAAGCAGAAGGAGGAAGGCGCGUGGAUCAUCCACCAUGCCACCCUCUCGCAGGGACACCAUGUCUUCGUCCUCGGAGCGGACGUCCCGCCUUCAGCAGGAGAAACAGAUGCUGAUGGAGGAGGUCAAAGCUCAGAAGGAGCUGGUCUGGAUCCUCCAUAAAGCCCUGGAAGCGUCCCAGCUGGAGAAAAGGACCUGUGCAGAGUUUCUGGCAGAGGAGGACGAGCAGCACCGCCUGGAGCUCCUGCGCCACCGUGAGCGGCAGGCGGCCGACCUUCGGCGGCAACUGGAGGAGACCAAGAUGGAGGCACAGAAUCUUAGGAGGACGCUUUCUGACAAAGACGCUCAGCUGGCUGAGCUGCAGAGGAGCAUCAGGCUGCUGACGGAGAAGAACGCGGCCAAGCAGCAGGUGAUCAUGAAGCUAUCUGAUCAGGUGACGUCCUGCCUGUCUGAACCACAGCAGUCCGAUGCCUCUGGUAGCGCCCCAAGCUCACAGACCCACAAGCAGCUUCAGCAGCAGAUUGAGAACCUCAAGGAUGACAUGGAGGCAUAUAAAACCCAGAACAAAUUCCUGAACUCGGAGAUCUACCAGCUGACCAAGCUGUGGAGGAAAAGCUCAGAGCAGGAGAGAAGCCUGAUGGUGAAGUGUUCCUAUUUGGAGGCCACCAACUGCCAGGUGGAGAGUCGUUACCUGGGCGUCCUGAGGAAGCUGCAGGAUGCCAAAUCUCUGGCUCCUGAGCAGCAGGAGGCCGUGCAGAAGAUGAUUGAGGACGCUCUGAGAGGAGAGCUCAAGAGUGUAAUGAAGCUCAGCGCUGACAGGGAGUAUGACGAGUACGGCUUUAAGAUCAUUCCAGACUACGAGGUAGAGGACAUGAAGCUGCUGGCCAAGAUCCAGGCUCUGGAAAUCCGAUCCCACAACCUUUUGCAGCAGGACAGAGUGGAGCGCCCCCUGCUGGGCCGCUGGGCACAGUACCUGGCUGGCCGGUCAGAGUAUGACUUGUGUCCCUCUCCUGAGCUCAAAGCAUUGCUUCGUGGAGGCGUCCCACGGGAAUACCGGCAGAGAGUGUGGGGCUGGCUGGUCCGGGCCAGAACCAGAACCAUCCGGGAGCAGCACCCUCAACGGUACCAGCAGCUGUGUGAGAAGAGCAGAACUUCAACCCACCCAGCUUCCAGACAGAUCCAACUGGACCUUCACAGAACCCUGACAACCAAUCAGAAGUUCUCUUCACCAUCCAGCCCUGCCCUCCAGCAGCUCCGCCGCAUCCUGUUGGCUUUCUCCUGGCAGAACCCGGCGGUCGGUUAUUGCCAGGGACUCAAUAGGUUAGCAGCAAUCGCUCUUCUCGUGCUUCAGAACGAAGAGGACGCCUUCUGGUGUCUGGUGGCCGUGGUGGAGGUAAUCAUGCCUCAGGAUUACUACACCAAGAACCUGGUGGCCUCUCAGGCUGACCAGCGGGUACUAAAGGACUUCAUGGCAGAGAAGCUUCCUCGACUGGCGGCUCACUUUGAGACUCACGGGGUCGAUGUGUCGCUGGUCACCUUCAACUGGUUUCUGGUGGUCUUUGUGGAGAGUCUGCCCAGUGACAUCCUGCUGCCGGUGUGGGAUGCUUUCCUGUAUGAGGGCACCAAGGUAAUCUUCAGAUAUGCUCUGGCCCUGUUCAAAUACAAAGAGGAAGACAUUCUGAAGAUCCAAGACAGCACAGAGAUCUACCAGUACCUGCGCUUCUUCACCAAAACCAUCUCUGACUGCAGGAAACUGACCGCCAUUGCUUUUAAUGACAUGAACCCAUUUCCCCGCCGCCUGCUGAGGAACCGCCGUGCACUGCACCUGGAGCGCCUGCAGGGAGAACUGCUGGAGCUGGAGGAACAGCAGAAGGAGUUUGUGACAGAGAGCACAGAGCGGAAAGAUAAGGAGCUUGAAAUGGCGAGCGAAGAUGAUGAUGAACUUUAAUGGCAUCGUUAUGUUUUUCUGACCACUGGAUCCGACUGAAAACCAUCAAGCUGUAAUCUGCUGUACAGUAACUGGUUACCAUAGUAACCAUAGUUGUGGAUUCUUGAAUCAGUUCUGCACAUCAGGAACAAUAGUAUCACCUUGUUGUGCAAGAUUUCGCAUUUGAAGGCAGAAAGCAGCAGCAUGCACUGUUGGAGGGAUUGAUAAUCGUACAAAAAGUCUUCCAGAACUUUCUAGAUUAUCAGUGAAGCUGUAGCUUUUCUUACUGUUGCUCAGGUUCAGAUAAUUAAAAACCCUGAAAAGGGUCUUAACAUGAUUUAGUUAACACUUUGCAUCAAGCUUUCAGCUGCAGAGCAUCUCCUACCUUCAACCCCAGGAGAUCAGACUGCUGUCGCUGGAGCCCAGAGACUGAGUUCAGCCUAAAGCUUCUGUUUUUCACAGACUUCAAUAACUCCCAAAAACUUACCAGCAACAGAGUUUAACGAAGACUCUGCCAUAGCGGUCAAAAACUUGUUUCCCUUUAUGGGUACGAUGCAUUCCUUCUACCUGUUGCCCCUUACUCUAGAUCAGAUGUCACGGAUUAGCGGACAAGGAUCCAGAUGCGGACCCACCAACUGGCUAAUACGGACCCACCCUGAUUUAAAAUAUUUAUAAAUUGCUGCAUGUUGUCUGACGAAAGUGUCUAACUUCACUUGCAACGCUUCUCGUCUUAACAUGGAAAGCGCUCCGGAGCAUCCGGGACCAGGCUACACAAGAUACAAAUUAGCCAAUGAGCUGCGUCAGUCAGACUACGAGCCACUUUUAGACACAGCAGGCAAGCUGGGCGGUGUGAAAGAAGGAAUAGACGAUGAGAAAAAGAGAGUAGAGAAAGAGUAGACUGCUGGAAGAACCACUGUGAACUGGUGGAAGAAAAGUGAAAUGGUGUGCUGAAAGAUGUCCCUGCACAUUUUGAGUAUGUUUGGCUCAA